GGAAGUGACGUCACUCCAGGGCGCUGAGGAACCUGGUGGUGGCCCCGCCGUGAAGGCGCUUCACCGACAACAUGUCUCAUUUACCGAUGAAACUUUUACGCAAGAAGAUCGAAAAGCGGAACCUCAAAUUGCGACAGCGAAACCUGAAGCUACAGGGGGCCUCCAGUGUGAGCCUUUCAGAAACUCAAAAUGGAGAUGUGUCUGAAGAAACAGUGGGAGGUGGAAAAGUUAAGAAGUCUUUAAAACAGUCUAUGAAUGUGGGCUUGUCAGAAGCUCCAAACGGAGAUGUAUCUAAAGAAACAGUAGAUGGUAGAAAAGUUAAAAAGUCUCUGAAACAGUCUAUGAAUGAGGGCUUGACAGAAACCCCAAAUGGAGAUAUUUCUAAAGAAGCAGUAGGAGUUGGAAAAGUUAAAAAAUCCUUGAAAGCGUCUGUGAAUGCAGGCUUGUCAGAAGCCCAAAAUGGAGAUGUAGCUAAAGAAACAGUGGGAAAAGUAAAAGUUAAAAAAUCUUCCAAGGAAUCUACCAUACUGACCAGUGAGGAGGCAGCGAUGCAGUCUCCCAAUUCAGAUUCAAAAAAGAAGAAGAAGAAGAAGAAAAAGAGAAAAAUGGUGGAUGAUGCUGGCCCUGAUACUAAAAAAGCAAAAACUGAAGACAAUGGCCAGGCUCCUGAGGAAACAGAAGACAGUGUGGAGAAGCCAGAGGACGGGGACGAUGGCAGCGAGGUGCCCAACCUGCCCCUGGGACUGACAGGAGCUUUUGAGGAUACUUCAUUUGCUUCGCUAGCUAAUCUUGUUAAUGAGAACACUCUGAAGGCAAUAAAAGAAAUGGGCUUCACAAACAUGACUGAAAUUCAACAUAAAAGUAUCAGACCGCUUCUGGAAGGCAGGGAUCUUCUAGCAGCUGCAAAAACAGGCAGUGGCAAAACUCUGGCGUUUCUUAUCCCCGCAGUUGAACUCAUUGUGAAGUUGAAGUUCAUGCCCAGGAAUGGAACAGGAGUCCUGAUUCUCUCACCUACCAGGGAGCUGGCCAUGCAGACUUUCGGUGUUCUUAAGGAGCUGAUGACACACCACGUUCACACAUACGGGUUAAUCAUGGGCGGCAGUAACAGGUCUGCCGAAGCACAGAAACUUGCCAAUGGGAUCAACAUCAUUGUGGCCACGCCAGGCCGUCUGCUGGACCACAUGCAGAACACCCCGGGGUUUAUGUAUAAAAACCUACAGUGUCUGGUUAUCGAUGAGGCUGAUCGUAUCUUGGAUGUUGGGUUUGAAGAGGAAUUAAAGCAAAUUAUUAAACUUCUGCCAACACGCAGACAGACCAUGCUCUUUUCUGCCACACAAACGCGGAAGGUUGAAGACCUGGCGAGGAUUUCUCUGAAAAAGGAGCCCUUGUACGUUGGUGUUGAUGAUGACAAAGCUAACGCCACGGUGGAUGGUCUUGAGCAGGGAUAUGUUAUUUGUCCCUCGGAAAAGAGAUUCCUCCUGCUCUUUACGUUCCUUAAGAAGAACCGGAAAAAGAAGCUCAUGGUCUUCUUUUCAUCCUGUAUGUCUGUGAAAUACCACUACGAGUUGCUGAACUACAUUGAUUUGCCUGUCUUGGCCAUUCAUGGAAAGCAGAAACAAAACAAACGCACGACCACCUUCUUCCAGUUCUGCAAUGCGGAUUCGGGGACACUGCUGUGUACAGACGUGGCAGCUAGAGGGCUGGACAUUCCUGAAGUUGACUGGAUUGUUCAGUAUGACCCUCCAGAUGACCCCAAGGAGUACAUCCACCGUGUGGGUAGAACAGCCCGGGGCCUGAAUGGAAGAGGGCACGCCCUGCUCAUCCUGCGCCCGGAAGAACUGGGUUUCCUCCGCUACUUGAAGCAAUCCAAGGUUCCAUUAAGUGAAUUUGAGUUUUCUUGGUCCAAAAUUUCAGACAUUCAGUCUCAGCUUGAAAAACUGAUUGAAAAGAACUACUUCCUUCACAAGUCAGCCCAGGAGGCAUAUAAGUCAUACAUCCGAGCAUAUGAUUCCCACUCUCUGAAGCAGAUCUUUAACGUUAAUAACUUAAAUUUGCCUCAUGUUGCUCUGUCGUUCGGUUUCAAGGUGCCUCCUUUUGUUGACCUGAACGUGAACAGCAAUGACGGCAAACUUAAAAAGAGAGGAGGCGGCGGUGGGUUCGGCUACCAGAAAGCCAGGAAAGUGGAGAAGUCCAAGAUCUUCAAACACAUUAGCAAGAAACCUUCCGACAGGAGGCAGUUCUCCCACUGAAGACGCGCCCCCCUCCCAUCGUGCAGAGCUCUGUCCUGAAGUGGAUUUUUUUCCCUUGCUCUGACGAGGGACUUUUGUUGCUCUGGGAUUUGGACUGACCUACAUGACUAUAAAUUGACUUGGGUUGCAGGCUCCGAGCACUGGUAUUUCCAGCAGGUCUCCUAUUUGGGGAUAUAAAACAUUUGGAUAUUUCUUGAUUGCCCAAGAGCAAGGCAAGGGACCUUUUUAGUCUUUGUGAUGACAGAAUGUUUUUAAGUUUAAAUCUUUUUCUCCGAAAAUACUAUUGUUUUAGUAUAAUUCUUUUUGUACCUCUCCUCCCUGGUGUCUGAAGACUUGUGGCACGGCUUGCUGUGCCAGCCUGCCUUCAAAGGCAAAUGACCUAGCAUCCUGGACAGGCAGUGGUGGUGGUGGUGGUAAUGCAGAAAAUUGUCUCGAGUUUGGUUUUUUUGUUUUUUUUUUUUUCUGAUUUUGGUUGUUUCUUGGACCUUGACCGUGAUUCUAGACCCCUCCUGAAAAUGCUUCCCUGUAAAAAGGCAGGGGCUCUGGGAAGCACCUUCAGUUAAAGGUGGCACUGAUUUUUAUAAACACCGGCUUUUAGAACUGUGAGCCUUUCUCCUUUUUAUGUUUUCAAGAGUAAAAAGUAGGGGUCGUCUUUAUCACUUGAAUGAAGUACCCCUGGCAGUCCCAGCAUUGGAGGCAGGGCUGAGGGAGCGCUGGGAGUUCUGAGCCUCGUUUACAGGUAUAAUACUCUGCUGUUCUCCGUUUGAUAACUUGGCAGAAUUUUGUUUUGUUUUGUUUUUUCUGUUUGUUUGUUUUAAGGCAUAAAGUGUGGUGACAGUCAUCAGGCAGAUUUGUUUGAAGUGUUAGGAGUUUGGUGAGCCCUUCCAAAUCUUCAGAGCGCUUAGAGGGCAGGACAUCCUCUUGAGAAAAACUGCCUCUUCCAGAUCCAUGAAAGAAAAAUAGAUCUAUGGUGAAAACUGAAAAGGAACAGAGCAGCAGAGGCAGUGUUUUAGUCAGGUGGGGUUUUUGCCGUAGGAACCCCUGAUUUUCUAGUGUGUUUUGUGUUCUGUUUCUAGUGUUUGUAAUAAUGUAAUAACCAUUUUGUAGCAAUUUAAAACCAAAGCUGCUAGCAUCAUUUUGCUGUCGUGCAAGUUAAUAUUCAUAGAUUCCUAUUAAAUGUAAGUACACUGAGUAUGAAAUGUGGAAGAAAACUGUCUGUUCAACCGCAUUCUGGGAGGAGAAGAAAGGAACGAUGCUCUGCAUCUGGACCCCACCACUGUUUCCCCAGCUGGACGUGUCCUGGGUUCAGACCUUGACUGCUGGACUCCUGGCUUUUAAUAACUAGUUCUCUUUCCAGUAAUUUGGUUUUCUUUUUUGUUUCAGAAAUCAUGUUUCAAAAAAAUACACAAAAGCAAAGAGAAGAGUAUUUAAUCACUGAACAGAAGUAAAUUCUGUCAGUAUUUUGGUACAUAACCUUCCAGUGUUUUGUAUACAUACUUUUAAUUUUUUUUACCGAAAGUGAAGUAAGGCAUCCUCUCUCUACUCACUGUUUGUAACCAGGUCAUUUCCUAACGUGUCAUUCUCCUGCGUCAUUAAAUAAUGACAUCCGUUUUGUA